AUGGCAAGCACCAGCGCCACGACACCGUUCUCCCAUCGUGGCUCAGCCGGGACGGUAGCAGGCCCCCAGGAUGAAGCCACAAGGGAGUCACGGGACCAUCAACUAGCAGCUCAUCCUCCCCCGUCUCGAGCCUCUGCCCUUCCUCAAGCUGCUGCGGUUGCUGCGACUGCUGUUCAAGCAGCCUCUGCGGUUGCUGUUCCUCGAGCAGCUCCUCUAACUGCCGCUGCUGCAGUUGAAGCACCUACAGCUCUUGCUGUCGGUGUUUCUCCAGCUGUUCCUCGAGCUACCGCUGCUGCCGCUGCUGCUCCUGCAGUUCCUUCUACCGCUGCUGCUCCUUGUUGUUGCUCCUGCUCCAGCAGACGAUGCUACUCCCUCUCUUCCUCCUCUUUCUUCUUUUCGUCAUCCCUCCUCUUCCGUUGCUCCUCCUCGUUCUUCUUCUUCUUCUCUUCCUCAACAUAA